AAGCAUCUCUCACACCUUACAAUCGCUCUUCUUUUAGACAAGACUUUCACCGGUCUCUCAGUUUAAUAACCCCGCUGUCUGACAACUCAAGCCAGCUCCAAGAUGCAGUCCAAGCUCCUCAUCGUCGCUGCCGCUGCCACCGGCGCCGUCGCCAUCCGGGACCUCUCCGGGACAUUCCCGCAAAACUUCCGCCGCGGUGCCGACGCCCUCGAGGCCCGUGACGAGGCGGCCUGCUUCUCCGUCGUCGCCGAGCACGCUACCCUGACCGCCGACUUCCCCGAGUUGCCCACGGCCCUUGCCACUGCCACCGACAUCCAGAUCCCCCAGAUCACCGACCCGUGCCAAUUCCCUUCUGUCACGGGCUCCGCCGGCCAGCUCGUCACCUCGUACUCGUCCGCCCUGCAGUCCUGGCAGGACGCCCACAUCACCGAGAUCCGCUCGCUCUGGUCCGCGUGCAGCGACGUGCCGCAGAUCUCCUCCCUGCUCGACGAGUACGGCAACGUCAUCUGCUCGACCGCGCUGGCGCCCAUCACCGCCAACGGCACCGCCGCGACCACGGCGACGGCGACGGCGACUGUUACCGGCGAGGUUACCGUCACAACCACCGGCGACGCCACCGGUGCCACUGCCUCGGGCGACGCUGCGUCGACGACUGCCUCCCCCGCUGCCGCCGCUCCCCGCGAGACGGGAUUGUUCCUAGCCGCUGCCGCCGCCGCCGCUGGCUUCGUCGGUGCCGCAAUGCUCUAAGCUUUGGGAUAGCUGUGACCGAUGACAAUGGGAUUGGGACCACAAGAUGUACAUGAGGAUAAGCCAAGUGUUGGAACAAGGGAUAUGAUCGGUUGCUCAUAUGACGGCCUCACGAUGUCUUGAGGGCUCAUUGUCAACCGUAGCAUACUCAU